AUGGUCAGUAAGACAAGUCUUCACUGGAAUAUUACUGAUAUUAAUUUAAAUAUAACGGGACGUAAAUGUGUAUGGAUUAAUAUCUCAUGUACUCGGAAUCGACAAUGUCCCUGUGAAACAUACUAUUCAAAGGAAUUGCUGGGUGUCCGAUUACCCCGAAAAAAAAGUCAUGUAUGUGUUCAAACAAAGAGCUGUCGUGUUCUCAUUUGUUCAUCGAUUGUUCAUCUCGGAAGUAAUAUAGAUUCAAACAAAUUGGCUAUAAAAACAUUCAAAGUUGAAAAUAGAACUGAUGAGAGCCAAAACUUAAUAGGAUUAGUUUAUGUUCCACUUGAUCAUAGUACAUGGAAAUCUUAUGAGGAGGAUAAGAUCCAGGUGGAAGAAGUAAGUGGAGAAGUAAAAAGCGACUCGUAUGUUUAUCUUGAUGUUUUACAAACACCUAUAAGUCCUGUACGAGGUAAAAUUUAUUCACCUCCAAGUGAUAAUAAUAAUGAUUAUUAUGACGAUAAAAAUGGACAUUCACCGAUUUUUAUAGGAUCCUUGCUAUUUUCACUUCUGUGUUUAUUUUUGUUUAUCUCUUAUUUUGUUAAAAUGUGUUACACAUCAAGCUGUACUAACAUUUGGAGUACGAAGUAUCAUUCCACAAAAGCAAACAUUCUUCUUGAUGAAACUCAAGCGGAAUCUGAUAGGUAUAAUUGUUGA